AUGCUAAUACGCUUGUGGAAGUAUUCCUACCCAGCCCUCGACAUGGAAGAAGCAGCGGUGUGGAUCUACACGGAAGGAAGCUCGCCGCUCCUGCCGGCUUUGCAUGCGAUCAUCGGCCUGAGGAAGCUGGAUGGCAUCUCUGGGCCACUGCAGGAGCAUUGGCAGAGUCAGGGACGGCUGUGCAUGGCCGAGCCCCAUCGACAGUUUCUGGACUGCCUGGAAAGUGGCAUGUCAGUACGCGCCUAUUGCCUCCAAGUCUGGAGACACUUGCCUGUGGAAACAAUCGCGGCACUUGAAGACGCGUUCAACAACUGUAUCGAGGCACUUCUGCGAUACUGCUCUGUUCGGCAAAGAUUCGUCAGCCGACU